AUGGCCAUCAUCACCACCACGGCUGUGCACCUGGUGUGCGUGCGCGUGUGCCAGGCAGAUGCGUUGAUCGACGACGACGAGGCCAAGGAAGAGGAAGGAGGAGGGAAGCAAGGACAGAAGACGUGGGGCUCCCAACGGAUCCUGCAAGGCCUGUGA